GCUCUCACUGCAUUUUAACAGCGAGGGAGACUAGCUUGUAAGCAGAGAAGAGAAAAGACUGACAUCAGAAAAUAGUUCCCCAUUCGAGAGUGGACAAGAAAGUCACGAUGAAGCUGUUCUUGCUCUUGUUGGUGGUGGUCAGCUCAACUGCCGUCGUUUUUUCGGGUAAUUCGGGUAGACAACAGGUCCCCACCUUGCCUCCUGAGGCCUUCAUCACAGCACCAACCCCCACUGAGAUCAAGUCUCGCUUUGCCAUGCUGGAUGAUGUGCGCCUGCUAGCUAAUGGACUUCUCCAACUCGGGCAGAGCUUACGGGAGUUCGUCCACAAGACCAAAGCCCAAAUCAAUGACAUCUUCCAGAAGCUCAACAUUUUUGACCGCUCCUUUUACCAGCUCUCUGUGGUCACGUCAGAAAUAAAAGAAGAAGAGGAGGAGCUCAAAAAAACCACCAGCUUCUUGAAGGCAAACAACGAGGAGAUCAGAAACUUAUCACUGGAAAUCAACUCCAAGAUUAAUAACAUCCUGCAGGAACGUACGCAGCUACAGAAGAAAGUGGGGAGCCUGGAGGAGAGACUGAAGGGAUUGUCGCAGAGUAUGAUCCCUUCAGACCAGCUCAGUGAAAUUACAACGCUCAAGGAAGUGAUUGAUGCUCAAGAGAGAACAAUCACCAGUCUUCUGAAAUCUGUGAAGGAGCAGCAUGAUCAGCUGGACAACCAGAACACCAAGAUUAAACACUUAGAAGAAAAGCUCAGUUUUGACAGUUUCCAAGACACCGUUGAUAAGCCAGUGGACCCAGAUCAAACAGCAUCUGACAUUUUUGAAUAUUUGACAGCAAACACAACCGGCUUGGAAAUAAAUGAUCUCCCAGUGGACUGCAGUGAUUUGUUUAACAAAGGAGAGGAUAACAGUGGAAUCUACAUGAUCAAACCGAACCAAUCUGAGCCUUUCUAUGUUUAUUGUGAAAUAGAUUCAGAUGGCAGUUUAACCGUUAUCCAGCGUCGGCUGGAUGGUUCAGUGGAUUUUGAUGAGUCGUGGGACAAGUAUGAGAAAGGCUUUGGAGAUUUGGAGAAGGACUUUUGGCUGGGUCUUCAGAAGAUACACAGUCUUACACAGCAACGACCUUACAUCCUUCGCAUUGAUCUAGAAGACUGGAAGGAAGAAAAGCACUGGGCUGAGUAUCACUUUGUAGUGGGAAGUCCCUCCACUGGCUACACCCUCCAUGUCAGCAACUUCUCAGGAGAUUUGCAGGAUGCAAUGACGAACCUCAAUGGCAUGAAGUUCUCCACUAAAGACAGAUCUAACAACGACCAGCGCGACUCCAGCUGUGCCCGAAAUAACACAGGUGGCUGGUGGCAAAGCAUGUCCUGUGAAUCCAACUUAAAUGGAAAGUACUUGUGGAUGAGGGCAAAAGGACGCUCCGUACGGAGGAAGGGCGUUCACUGGAGGCCUCGCACGGGGCCUUCCUAUUACUUCAAGAAGACCAAAAUCACCUUACGACCAGCAAUAACUGCCAAUAAGGCCAACUGAACAAGACAGUUCAUCCAUUCUCAUGCUGCAUUAUUGGUAACUAGUAAAUAAUGUCCAACAAUAAGACAGCUUUCAGAGCAUUCAAUUUGUACAUUACAGAAAAACCCAAUUUUAGCUCAAGCACAAAGUUGAAUGCCUAGAACCAUUUUGUCCAAUAGCACGCCAAGAGUCACAAGUCAGGUUUGCAGAACUGUUGCAACGACGCAGCCAAUGACAUGCAACGGAUGUUGCAACGACAGUGAAACUAUUUUAUGUAAUAUUUGCAAUCCCCAGCAAACAGAACCUAUUGAUUGUCAUUGGCAUUCUGAUUCCAAGCCACCAAAUGCCACAGCACUGUAGAACGAUACAAAAGCAUGAAGCGAUAAUCCUAAAGCUAAAAGAGGUUAAUCAGAUGUUUAGGCACCUUCUAAUGGAUCUGUUUAGCUUUUAAUAUUUUUUGACAUGUAAUGCGUAUAUUUGUGAUGUUAGACUGUACUGCAUGUUUCCAUGGUCAAAAAGCAUGCUUACCAGCAGGAUUUAUACAAUGUGUGACGGUUCAAUAGGUAUAUUCCAACACUUGAAUUUGUGCUCAUCCUAUAGGUGCUUUUAAAAUGGGGUGGCUUUUGUGGUUUUUUGAUAUUAUGCACUUUUAUUUUCUCCAGUUUUAGUGAUAAAAAAUUAGAAAAGAAAUACUGUUUAGUUAACAAACCUCUGCAGCCAUAUUUUCCACAAAAAUAGCAGUAAAUGAAAACAUCUGAAAUGCAUGAAUCGCUUUUCUCUCAAUACGUUUUUACUUUUUUAUUCUGUAAAGUAUUUAAAACAUGUGCAUGCUGUUAUGUGAUAUGUGCUGGUAUUGUUAAGAUAACAUGGCUGUUUAAUUUUAAUGAGUCAUAUUGACUUUUGUUGUUAUUAGAGCACAUUUAGGUGUCCUCUGACCUGUAUACAACCGGUCAUUCUGAUCAAAUACUUUGUAUGCGAAUAAAUCCUGUUUCAAAAAAAAG